ACUAUCGUUCAGAUUGAGGCCAUUCUCGAUCCUUUGAGUAAGGAGGCGCAACGCGUCGCGCCGGUGCUCGCGCUACUUCGAGACCGAUUGCCAGAAGCGGUGACCAUUCGAGUCGUCCUUAAUCCCAUGACGAAUUUGCAGGAUUUACCGUUGAAGUCGUACUACCGCUAUGUUGCGCCACCGUCGUCGAUGACGGAAUCACCUCGUGCAUUCAUCACCAAUGUUCCGACCCACAAGACGCUCACGAUGCACGUAGAUUUCCCAGAAGCGUGGAUGGUGACGACUCACAGGGCGGCAUAUGAUUUGGAUAACCUGAUUCUCAAAGACAUCAAGGAGAAGACUGUGCACGCAGAGUACUUGCUCGAGUCUCUGCUAGUCACUGGCCACGCAAGUGAUCACAACACGGGUCAACCGGCGAGAGGGACACAGUUCGUGCUCGAGGAUAAGAGCGUGGCCGUGAAUCCAGGCACAAUCGUGAUGUCGAACUUGGGUUAUUUUCAGCUUCCAGCCUCACCUGGAAUGCACAAGUUGUCACUUCGAGCUGGUAGAUCGUCGGACAUAUUCGCAUUUCUUCAGGUGAAAGAUCUUCUCGACUCGGAGGCGCGAGACUUGACGCUUUCGCACGACGAAUCCACCGUCGACGUAUUAGUGGACUCUUUCAGAGGGCGGCAACUUGACGUAUCUCUUGCGAGACGGAAAGGUAAGGAAGAUCUUGACGUACUCGACGAAGUUUCAACCUCAGACAAUAGUGGAUGGUUGUCGAGUGUAUUCAAGAGGACGAAGGAGGCAGACCGUAUUCACAUCUUUAGCGUUGCCUCCGGUCAUCUGUACGAGCGAUUCUUGAAAAUUAUGAUGGCAUCCGUCAAGCGCUCGACGAAGAAUCCGGUGAAAUUCUGGUUCAUCAAAAACUGGCUUUCGCCGUCCUUUAAAGAUUUCUUACCGUACAUGGCAAAGGAGUACGACUUUGAGUAUGAGCUCGUGAGCUACAAGUGGCCGACGUGGCUGAACAAGCAAACGGAGAAGCAAAGAAUCAUCUGGGCGUAUAAGAUUCUGUUCCUCGACGUACUGUUCCCACUCGAGCUCAACAAAGUUAUUUUUGUCGAUGCCGAUCAAAUUGUUCGAGCGGAUAUGAGCGAACUUUGGACCAUGGAUCUUCACGGUGCGCCGUACGGGUACACGCCGAUGUGCGACAACAACAAAGAAAUGGAAGGCUUUAGAUUUUGGAAACAGGGCUUCUGGCGAGAUCACUUACGAGGUAGGCCGUACCAUAUUAGUGCGCUGUACGUCGUGGAUCUCGAUCGUUUUCGCGCUAUGGCGGCUGGCGAUAGAUUGAGAGUUAUGUACGACCAACUUUCGCGAGAUCCGGGUUCGUUGGCGAACCUCGAUCAAGACUUGCCAAACUACGCGCAGCACGACGUGCCAAUCUUUUCGUUACCGCAGCCCUGGCUGUGGUGCGAAUCGUGGUGUGGGAAUGAGACCAAAUCUGCGGCGAAGACGAUCGAUUUGUGUAACAACCCGCUCACGAAGGAGCCAAAACUUGAAGGCGCGCGACGCAUCGUUCAAGAGUGGCCAGGUUUGGACGCGGAGGUUCGCGCGUUCACCGAACGAGUCGAAGAACGCAUGCGCGUCGGCGAUAAAACAGAAGACGUGAAAGAUGAGCUGUAAAUAAGCCUAAUAC